AUGUGGCAACAUAUCCCCGGUGUUACGAGGCCCGCUGGCGUGCCAGCAGUGGAAACUGUUGAAGGCGAAGUGAAGAUGAAGAGAAGCAGAAUGAACGUAUCCGUGAACGACAUGUACUACAACUUGGAUUAUAAUGACACCUGCGAUCAGGAUCCUUGUUCAGGGCUUUCCAAUGGAUCCACGGUCUUGUCCGUACUUUACUACGUGCUGUUUGGUCUAAGUAUGUUAGGCAACACCACCGUUCUCUGGGUUCUCCUCCGGUACAUAAAGCUGAAGUCUAUGGCGGACAUAUGCCUCCUCAACCUGGCCCUGUCGGACCUCAUACUGGCUGUAUCACUGCCCCUCUGGGCCUACAAUUCCCAGAAUCUUGUAUCAUGCAAACUUAUGACAGGAGUCUAUCAGUUGGGUUUCUACAGUGGGAUGUUGUUUGUGACCCUAAUGAGUGUGGACCGCUACCUGGCCAUUGUCCACGCCGUUGCAGCCAUGCGAGCCAGGACACUUCGCUAUGGAAUCAUAGCCAGCAUCACUAUCUGGGUUCUAUCGGUCAUCAUGGCUAUCCCUGGGGUGAUCUUUGCCUCCUUGGAGAUAGAUGAAGAUGACUGCUACCAGUGCCAUCCACAUUAUCCAGAGGACAAGCAGCGGUUUUGGAAGAUGCUGCGAAACUUCAACGAGAACACUGUGGGCCUUUUUGUGGGUCUCCCUAUCAUGAUUUUCUGCUAUGUGAAAAUCCUUUUUGUGCUGUCCAGGUCCAGGAACUCCAAAAAGAACAGAGCUGUAAAGCUGAUAUUCAUAAUAGUGUGUGUGUUUGUUGUGUGCUGGGUCCCCUACAAUGUCACAGUUUUCCUUCAGACAAUGCAGCUGUUCCUGGACACCCUAGACACCUGCCAGGCUUCAAACUAUAUCAACUCUGCCAUAGGCUUUGCAGAGAUGAUUGCACUGUCUCACUGCUGUGUAAAUCCACUCAUCUAUGCAUUCGCAGGUGAAAAGUUUAGGAAGAACCUGGGCUAUGUGCUGACUAGGUACUUCCACCAGAGCAGAGGGACUUUCAGCCACAGAGACACCACAGACACUUCCAACACACCUGUAAAAUCUGAUUAUUAAGAAUGAUUAACACAUCUUGCUACACAGACGGCAAUGUUUGUUGUGUAUGUGUGUGUGUGCGUGUGCGUGUGCGUGUGUGUGUGUUUUCUAAAAGCUUUAGAAUGAUACUAUGGACUACUAUUUCCAGUUUGAACAAGGGAAUGCUUUAAAGUCUAUGGAAUCUUAUUAACACAUUCUUCAUAUCAUGUAGUUCAAAGUAUAUUUAAAACUUGUCAAAAUAUAUAUGGUUUUUAUCAAAUAAAG